AUGUUGACCUACAACCGCACGAUGAGCGCCGUCGCUGGCCAGCGCCGCCCGGCCGCCACCGCCGCCGCGCCGCGCGUGUUGCGCCCGGCCGCAGCGCGCGCCCGUCGCGUGCGCGUGGUCUCAGAGUACCGGGAGGCAGAUGCCGCAACUGCCCCUGCGGCGGCCCCAGAGGCCGCUGCACCAGUUGCCAAGGAUCUGAAGCCCCUGGCAGCGCCGGCCAAGGUGCCGGCCGCGGAGGUCCCCAAGGAUGUCAAGGCGCGCGACCCCCUGGCCGACAGCGAGAUGGCGACCCUCCAGAGGCUGCUGGAGCGCUCCAAGGCCGCCCAAGAGGAGUACUCGCACUUCAGCCAGGAGCAAGUGGACAAGAUUUUCAAGGCGGCCGCGAUGGCCGCCAACGGGGCGCGCAUCCCCCUGGCCAAGAUGGCCGUGGAGGAGACCCGCAUGGGCGUGGUGGAGGACAAGGUCAUCAAGGUGCUUGGGGGGGGGGCGUGGCUGGAUUAUCACUCAAAACUUUGGCAAAUCGUGCUCAGGGCUGAGGGGGCGUACCUGUAG